UUCAUCUCUUGCUCAUGCCUCGCGACAUCAGACCUCUCGUAAAACCAAUAAUUCCAUUGUUCCCCUUGGAUGAUUCAUUAUAUCGUCUAGACGCUGAGGAGAUUGCCUUCCUCAGGAGACAGACUGGCAUCCAAGAUGAAGUAGCCCUGAAGACACAUAUAAUUGAAGUGCAAGAGGAAGCAUACAAGGUAGCUCCCUAUGCUUGUAUUCGAGGAUUUGAUUUCUUGCGCCAAAACAUGUCUAAACUACAUAUUUACGACCACAUUUUGAAGCGUGGUUCUGCAGGAGCGAUAUUACUCGAUGUCGGUUCUUGUCUUGGUGCCGAUGCUAGAAAGGCAGUUGAAGAUGGAUUUCCGGCACAUAACAUCGUCACUUCUGACAUCAAAGAAGCAUUCUCUGAGUUAGGACACAAACUCUUCAAAUCGAGCUCGGAACCAAUCUUAUUUAUACCAGGCGACAUAUUUGACCCCGCAUUUCUAUCAAUUUCGCGUCCAGCUAGCUCUGUCCCAGGGUGUGCGAUGCCGGACAUUCAGACGCUGCGAUCGUUAAACGACCUCCACGGUCGCGUCGGUGUCAUACACGCUUCUAAACUAUUUCAUCUAUUCGAUGAGGAGAAGCAACUUGAACUUGCUCGCGCCUUGGGAGGCUUGCUAUCCUGCGAAUCUGGCUCCACAAUCUGUGGCACUCACGCAGUUGCAUUGGAGAAAGGCAUCGUUCGUCGCACAGUGCUAGGCAUCGAAAUUUCCUACUUUUGCCACUCCAAAGAAACUUGGACUAGUUUGUGGGAUGGCGUCGUGUUUGAAAAUGGUCAUGUAAAUGUCGAGACGACAACAUCGACCGUUGAUGUAGGCGGCAUUGCUUUUUGUCUUUUACAUUGGUCUGUCACGAGACUCUGAGGAUUUUGUCUAUUCAGAGCAUACCCAUUUACGUAAGUGCGGGUACCGUAGUAACCGGUACCGAACUCGGAUCAGACUUGGACCAGACUUACCUUCUAUUUACUACUACUAUGUAGUACUAACCUAGUACUCAACAAAGUACUGUUAGAAACAACACACUUCAAUGACACACAGUACCAUGCAUCGCCGACUCAUGAGCACUCACACGUUCUCUG